AAACUAGGUAAUUUGGCCUAUCUUUAUAGUUUAAAUUUGUUUUAUUUAUUAAACUAAUCAUGUAGGUACAUAAUGAAACGAAUACUUUAAUACCUACUCGUGCUUCUUCUCGCCUGAUGAAGACUUGAUGACAAUAUUGAGGAUUUAUAGCUCUAAUUUUUAAAACUAAACAUUCAGCAUGGACAACCAAAUUCGAUGCUACGACGAUAUUGCAUCGAAAGUUUUCGAUGAGGAAGGCAUCGAAACCAACACUUCAACCGAACAAAUCGAAGUGGAACAAUCUAUUCUGAGAUAUUAUAAGCAAUUUGAGCAGAAAGCAUCCAUUGAUCCAGACUUACCGAAACUAAAGAAGAGCUUACACCAAAAAUUUUUAAGGAACUACAUAGAAAAAUUGCCUCAAAGUUACAUGUCCUUAGAAGCCAGUAGACCUUGGUUAGUCUACUGGAAUCUCAAUGCCCUCUGGACUAUGAAAGACCUCCCUGAUAAGAAAACACUGGAUAACAUUGUCAACUUCUUGGCACAAUGUCAGCACAAAGAUGGUGGGUAUGGUGGGGGACCGAUGCAGCACGCUCAUCUCGGGGCCACUUAUGCAGCCAUAAAUGCAUUGUGCAUUAUUGGCACUGAUAAAGCUUACGACUCCAUCAACCGAAACACAUUGCAAAAUUUCCUGUGGUCACUGAGAAGUGCAGAUGGAGCAUUCUCCCUGCACAAGGGUGGAGAGCAGGACAUCAGAGGAGUUUACUGUGCCUUGAGUGUAGCCAAGUUGACCAACACUUACACAGAUUCCUUAUUUGAUAAGACUGCUGAAUGGGUAGUCAGUUGUCAGACUUAUGAGGGUGGGUUUGGUGGUUGUCCUGGGAUGGAAGCCCACGGAGGCUACACUUUUUGUGGUAUAGCAGCCCUGGCACUGUUGAACAGAACACCACUCUGUGACUUAGAUGCACUGCUGAGGUGGAGUGUGAACCGUCAGAUGUGUGUGGAGGGUGGAUUCCAAGGUCGGACAAACAAGCUAGUCGAUGGAUGCUACUCCUUUUGGCAAGGAGCAGUCUUCCCUAUUAUAAGUGCAAUAUUAUCAAAAGAUAGUAAAGAAAUGAUGGAAACAGUCCUAUUUAAUCAAGGUGCCUUACAAGAAUAUAUCAUAAUAUGUUGCCAGUCACCACAAGGAGGCCUUAUAGAUAAACCAGGAAAACCUCAUGAUCUGUACCACACCUGCUACACUCUCAGUGGUCUCUCAAUCGCACAACAUGGCACUUGUGCUGGUGAUCCAUUCAUUGUUGGUUCUCCCCGAAACGAGCUAAACCGUGUCCAUCCACUUCACAACAUCGGACCUCAUCUUGCAUAUAAUGCCAUGCACUACUUCAUAAGGCAUCCCCCUCCAGAAGAAGACGACAAAUGAAUUUAUUACUCUCAAAAUAAAUAUUUAACAUCAGUAUCUUAUUCUUUCUAUUCUAGUCUCAUAUUACUUGCCUGCCUGACGUCCUGAUAGACCCCGUGCAACAAGUUCUAUUAGAGCGAUGGGUAAUGAAAUUAGUUUCUUUAGUUAUACAUUAUAUUAAAUGCUUUUCUUAAAUAAUUUUAUGUAUAAAGCUAAUAAAGUGCUUAAAGCUUUU